AUGGCGCACCUCGUACGAAAUCCCCAUACUAAUAUCGCUGUCGACCGGGACUACAGUCCAUGCAUUAGCGGACGCGCUUCUCUGUCGACUUCCAGCGCAAACUAUGAAUCCCCUGCAAUCGCAUCAAGGCCCCCGCGUUCAACACCCGAGCAUCCGCUACUGUCGCCCUCAUCGUCUGAGGGCAGGCUCUCCUCUUUGUCAUUGACGGCGGCCCAAAUCUCGCGCGCCUCGGCGCAGGCUGUCCGUUUAUGUGCGCGAGAUGGGAAGUUCGGGGAUGCGUUGUAUCUUGUCAAUUCUCUUCGUUCUUCUACCAAUCAGGAUGAUGUACUGGUUGAAGAGAAGCAAAAUUUGCACCACUCGAAGUCGCGCACAGUUGCUCAUAUGAAGCCUAUCGACUUUGGCCAGGUUGUUUCCGCUCGUUUGUCUGCUCACUCGUUUCUUCAUGGGCUGGUCCGUGCGGGCUACAGUAAAAAAGCAGCGAGAUAUGCGGAGAUGAUGAUGGAACACGGCAUUCGCAUACGGGAAACUACGACCAAUACUAUCAUUGUUUCACUCUCAUCCAACCUAGCGACAUCUCUGAAUGGCAAUCUGUUGGCCAACACCGUCCGUCGUCCUCGUAUCAGAGAUGGGCCUGAAGUACUGGAAUUGCGAGAGAUGGUAAUUGGAGAUCGGUGCACAAGAGCGGCUGUUCAACUGCUUGGAAAGGCGCGUAUGUGGGGUCAAUGUCGCUCUCAGAGGAUGUACGACAACGCAAUCAGCGGCUGCCUCAUGCAGGGCGAGAUUAUUGUCGCGUCGUUGCUAUUUGUGCUUCUGGUGAAGGAUUGGCAGCUCCGGCAGUCCCUCGCUAAGAGCCUCGGGUCAGACGCUGCUGAGGAAGAACCAUUCACUUCUCCAAUCACGCAGCGCCAUAUUCCUAGGAUACCCCGUGAAGAUCGGAUGCAACUGCCCUACCCUUCGAUCCAGAUGAUGUCAACCAUUUUGAAUGCGGUAAAGGAGUCGUUAUCCCGAGACCCACAAGACAGCCCUGGCCAUGAUCCGCAGUCUUCACUUCAGGCUCUGGCCAAUCUCGCAAUACUAUUGGAUACCGGGCAGCUACACACCGGCUCCAUAGCUGCGCUCAUCCAUGCACUGUACUCCUGUCCUAAAGGCGACCAUCUGAUUUGGAUAAGAGAGCGAGAACAAGCCCGCCCGAAACGCGUCAAGGCCUAUCCGUAUUUUCAGAGAGUCUUGAUGCGCCUAAUAGAUUCUCUGUACGACCCUGCCGUGGUCGCAUCACGCCUGCGUCUCGAUUUAAGAUCCUAUAACGCACUGUUAUUCUACUCCCUUCGGCAUCGUCUUUCGUCUACUCUUGCUUCGCGAGUCCUGGACCAUAUGUGUAUGCAUCGGAAUCCCCCUCUACAGCCCAACAUUGUCACUUACAACAUUCUACUGCGUUCUGGGACAUUGGUGCGAAGGAUGGAUUUGUCGGAGACAGCGUUGGCUGCGCUUAGGGCUCACAAGUUGAAUGCCUCUCAUGGAAUCAUGGUUGAGGCAGACCAGUCCCAAUUGAAACCAAAAAGAGUCUCGAAAACAGUACUUGUCAGUGGACCUUUGGGCUUUUCUACUACGUUACACCAGCUCCAGAAUGCUCCGUUCCAUGUACCGGCCUUGCUUCAGAAACCGUCCAACGACGUCGCUGCAGAUGCAUUUACGCUCGGGAGCUACAUCAUGCAUCUGACCUCUACAGGAUCUCCCGAGGUCGUCGCUGACAUACUUUUUUUUAUUCUACCCGAGUUGCGCACCGUGAGUCAUCCCUCGUGGGGCGCGCUCACUCCCGAGCAGCGUGAUGCCAUCCGGUACGAAUCUCGAGAAGCCUCCCUGCGUCGUGCCGUCCAGCUUGGCCCUCAUGUCUUUGCCGCCCUCAUCAACUCCCUCGCGAAGGCGGGAAAGCCUGGCCUUGCUGAACGAGUGUGGCUCCUGGCAAAGCAAGGCGAAGCUGCCAGCUGGAUACCAAAUUUCGCACCUGAAUUCUCUCCAUGGUAUCUGCCCGUACAUGCUUAUACUUCCAUGCUGCAGUGUUAUGCAAAGCAGGCUCGGAGGGCAUCGUCAAUAUUACGUUGUGGGCAGAAUCGCGCCAUGCACUCUCUUAUGGAGAAUCCGGGUGACUGGAAGCCUGGGUCGCGCCCUGUUCGUGGCUGGGCUGGUUUUGUCCAUGCAACACGGCAGGCGCAGACAGGGAAGGUGACAAGGAGAACUCGAUCAGGAGAAAGAGCAGCAUUGAUUCUCUAUGGAUCUAUGCAGUCCGGUGGGGAAGCUGUCUACUCGUCAUUGUUAGCUCUUCACCAGAGAGCCCAAGAGCCAUCAUCUCACGUCGUCGUCCCUUCACCGGAUGCCCGAUUUUUCAAUGCGGCUCUCGAACUUUUCGGACAUCAUCCACACAGGCCCUCUCGCGCUAAACGCAGAAGUCGUUCUUCGUGGAGGCAUGCAUUGCGGAUCGCGACAACUCGAUAUGAACAUGAGGGUAUAGUGUCGCCAUUAUGGAACAAAGCACUGCAGCAAGUUAUGGAGGGUAUGGUUGCAGCCGGCUUUGACAUACCGAUUGGAUAUCGUAAUCUGUCAAUCGGUCACUGGAUAUCGAGCGCGCAACGUCCAGAACACACCCCGCAAACUUUGACUCGUCGGCCCUAUGCCUUCCCACCAGUACGACGCCGUUUCCUUCCUCACUCGCUCUCAAUCGCCAAAACCCGUGGUCUCCCCGUGCGUCCCCCACACCGUGUGCAUCGUCGUCAGGCCUGGAGAUGA